AUGUCGUCUCGUGAUACUACACCAAGUUUAUAUCAUCGAACAGGAACACAAGGUUCAUUUCAUCAACAUUUAGCACUGCCUACCCGAACAAAACGUGGACAGUCAUUCAAUCGAGAUUAUUUGCAUAAAAAAUUAUGGAAAUUUUUCCGUUUGGUUCGUUAUGCUGUUCGUGUUUGUUUAAUUGUGAGAAAAUAUGCGAUUGAAUCAUCACAUAAUAAUAGAGAACAAUUAUAUAAUAAUUCAGAAAUUCUUUUCGAUCUAAGUAAUUUUCGACGACCAGUUGAGGAAACAAUUGGAAGAAAUAUUCGAAAACUUUUAAAAUCUGAUCCAGCAACGAGAACAGACGAUGAUAUUCGUAUGAUAGUUGUUGGAUUAGGUCAAACUGUUUCGUCAUUUACAGAAUUUCCUCUUCAACGACAAUAUGCAUUAGCACGUGUUGCUAUAUUAGAAGAAUUUGAAAGAGGUCGGGUGAUACUUCGUGAAGGACAUCGUGCUGAGAAAUUCUAUUUAAUUGUCGAUGGUAUCACUAAUGUAUAUAAAUUACGAGAAAAUCCAACAACACAUGUAUUCAAUUCAAGACUCGUUGCUGUACUUAAAAAAGGAAGCUCGUUUGGUGAGGUUGCACUGAUCAAUGCACACCGAAGAACGGCAACUGUUUGUUGUCAAACCGACGUGUCGAUGCUUGCAAUCGAGCGAGAAGAUUUUGUUAAAAUAUUUAUGGCUAAUGAUAGAGAAACCGAACCCGAUUUUAUUUCAUUUUUACGACAAAUACCUGAAUUUCGUGGAUUUCCUAUUGAUAAAAUUCCGCAUGACAGUCCCCAUAUUUGUCAAGUUGUUUACUAUCGUAUGGGUACAUUAAUGAGUAAAGAUUCAAAUGAAGAUGAAUGGAUUUAUGUUAUUCGUACAGGUUCUUGUCGAGUUAUUAAAGCACUAACACAAGUUACACCAAAAUUAAUAACAAGAAAAAAACCUAAAGUUAUUUAUGAUAAUUUUGGUACAAAACGUGCUUCACAAUAUAGUAUGGAAGCAUUAGGCACAUUUAAUAAACCGAAAUCACCGAUUAAACCCGCUAAAUGUUAUACUGAAAUUGAACAAAUACGUGAAAAAAGUGUUUUUGGUUUGGUAAGCGUCGUUUUUGGACAAUUAAAAAAUGCACUAAGUGUUACAUUAGUCUCUGAUGGAGCUGAAUGUAUUCGAAUACGUAAAAGUUUUUUUAUUAAAAUGACACCAGAAAUUUUAUUCGAUCGAUUACGACGAGAGGUUCGACCUUAUGUAACUGAUGAUGAACUACAGAAAAAACUUCAACGUGAAGUCGAUUGGACAGCAUAUAAACAUUUACUGGUAAAAAGAAUUUAUGAACGAAAUGCAAGAAAUCGUUUGAUAACAUUUAAUUAUUAA